CCCCUAUAAAUUCCCCAGACCCAAACCCUUUUUCCUCUGUGAUUACUCUUCUCUGCCUUCUCUUUUCUUAUUUGUUUCGAGUGUGCUCAGACUAUAAUUUGGUAAGCAAAGAAGAAAGAAGAAAAAGAUGAAGGUGAUAGCAGCAUAUUUGUUGGCGGUUUUGGGAGGCAAUACCAACCCUUCUGCGGAUGAUUUGAAGCACAUUCUUGGUUCUGUUGGAGUUGAAGCCGACGAUGACAAGAUUGAGUUGCUUUUGUCCCAAGUCAAGGGCAAGGAUUUGGCUGAGCUUAUUGCUGCUGGAAGGGAGAAACUGGCAGCUAUGCCCUCUGGCGGAGCUGCUGUAGGGAUUACUACUGCAGCUGUUGGAGAUCCUGCUGCUGCUGCUGCCCCUGCUGCUUCUUCCCUAUCCGACCAGCUUCACUUUGUCUUGUUCCCUUUCAUGGCUCAAGGCCACUUGAUCCCCAUGGUAGAUAUUGGUAUACUGUUAGCACAGCGUAACGUUAUAGUUUCUAUAGUUACAACACCUCAUAAUGCAGACAGAGUCCAUAAAUCAGUUGCUAAUGCCACGGAAUCAGGGCACCCUAUCCGUUUAGUGCAACUCCAGUUUCCUUUCAGAGUUGUAGGAUUACCAGAAGGGUGUGAGAAUCUAGACAUGCUGUCUUCUUCAGAAGACGUUUUCAAAUUCUUCAGUGCAGCAAACAUGAUGGAAGAAGCAGUGCAGAAAUUAUUUGAGAAGCUAACACCCCGGCCAAAUUGCAUUAUUUCAGACAUGUGCUUGUAUUACACCAGCAGGAUUGCUAGCAAGUUUCAGGUUCCAAGGAUUGCGUUCCAUGGAUUUUGUUGCUUCUGUCUCCUUUGUCUGCACAAUAUACACUCCUCCAAGAUACUUGAGAGCAUAACUUCUGAUUCUGAAUAUUUCACCGUGCCAGGCUUGUCUGACAAGGUUGAAUUUACUAAAGUUCAGUUACCACUUAACUAUGAUGAAACCUGGAAGGAAAUUUGGGAAUCAAUGGGAGAAGCUGACCAAGCAUCUUACGGGGUUGUCAUAAAUACUUUUGAAGAGUUGGAGUCAUCGUAUGUCAAAGAGUACAGGAAGGUAAGAAAAGACAAAGCCUGGUGCAUUGGUCCAGUUUCUCUGAGCCACAAAGAUGAGCAAGAUAAGGCUCAAAGGGGUAACACGGCUUCAAUUAACGAGCACCGGUGUUUAAAGUGGCUUGAUUCUCAAGAACCGAGCUCUGUAAUUUAUGCCUGUCUUGGAAGCAUCUGUAAUCUGAGGCCCUUACAAAUGAUAGAGUUGGGUUUGGGCUUAGAGGCAUCGAACAAGCCAUUCAUCUGGGUCAUAAGAGGAAAUGAUACAUCAAAAGAAGUAGAGAAGUGGAUUAAAGAGGAAGAAUUUGAAGAAAGGACAAAAGGAAGAGGAUUUGUAAUUUUGGGUUGGGCUCCCCAAGUACUCAUUUUGUCACACCCUGCAAUAGGAGGGUUCCUAACUCAUUGCGGAUGGAAUUCAACAAUAGAAGGGAUCUCUGCUGGUGUGCCAUUGAUAACAUGGCCACUAUUUGCAGACCAGUUUAGCAAUGAGAAAUUGGUAGUACAAAUGCUGAAAAUUAGUGUGAGCCUUGGUGUUAAGAAACCUUUGUUGUGGGGACAAGAAGAGAAGGCUGGGAUUAUGUUAAAGAAGGAAGACAUUAAAAAUGCAGUCGACAAAUUGAUGGAUGAAGGAAAAGAAGCAACGGAGAGAAGGAAACGAGCUAAAGAGUUCGCAGAGAAGGCAAAGAACGCUGUUGAAGUGGGGGGAUCUUCUUACGUGAAUAUGACACUGUUAAUCCAAGAAAUCAUGCAACAAUCUCAUAAAACGUGUUGGAACUUGGGUCCAACCUCACAUGCUGAGGAGAUGUAGAGUGAAACGUACUAUUUCCGUUUUGAAGUUUACAUAUUUCAAGUGAAUCUGCAAUGCAUAUGGUUGUUUUCUUG